UGCUUUUGUCUUUUUUGUUUUACUUCUCAAUUUGUUGUACGUACAUUUUGCCCUGCUGCACACACAGGUUGUCACAGUAAAAGGUCGGCCGUUGUUUCAAACGCUCUCGCGUGUGUUUCUGUGUCCAAAGCGGCGUCUGACUAGCGACGGUUAAACGCUCGAAGUUGCUAACUAACAGCAACUAAAUUGUGCUAAAUGUAUUUGAAAGCCAAAUGGCAAUUGUGAAGUGAACUCAACUAUUGGAUAUACACACCGGGUGGAUAAAGCAUUAAUUGGAUUUGGAAUAUGGUUGUUUUAAAUGGCUACAAUUUCAAGGCGCACUACCAACAGUACUCACAAUCUGAGCCCAUCCAGCAACAGCAGCAGCAGCAACAACAGCAGUCGAGCAGUCCGCAAGCAAUUUCGAGCAGCAGCGCCAUGACGACGACGCAUAAAUCGAAGCGGGAUUGGGAUAUAAAUGAUGCGAUAGUGCCACAAGUGGCAGACAUUGAAUUCGAUGAGUUUAGCGAGUGGAGCGAUGGCCAUGUGCGUCUCGUCUACUCCAUGCACAACGAGGAGGCCAAGAAGCACAUCUCCGGCUGGGCCAUGCGCAACACGAACAAUCAUAAUGUUAAUAUAUUAAAGAAGAGCUGCCUGGGUGUCUUGGUCUGCUCGCAGCACUGCACCCUGGCCAAUGGCUCCAAGAUUAAUCUGCGGCCGGCGAUUUGCGACAAGGCGCGACGCAAGCAGGAGGGCAAGGCGUGUCCGAAUAAAAGUUGUCGUGGUGGUCGGCUGGAGAUCAAGCCCUGUCGUGGGCACUGCGGUUAUCCUGUCACACAUUUCUGGCGGCAUUCGGGCAAUGCCAUCUUCUUUCAGGCUAAGGGCGUGCAUGAUCAUCUGCGUCCAGAUCCCAAGAACUCCAGCGUCUCCAAGCGUGCGUUUGGCCGUGUGCCGCUGGCCACAGGCAAAGCAACAACAACAACAACAGGAGCUAGAGCUAAUACAGCAGCUAAAAAAUCAGUGAUAGCGGGUUUGGUUAAGCAGGUGAAGCAGCAACAGAAUCUUAUGGGCAAGGUGCUCAAGCGUAGUCAAGCGAGCAAUAGCCAUUCAGCGCUGGAAAUUUAUCAGUUUAAUGCUUGUGGCAAGUGCACCAGCUAUAGCCACUGCACCUGCAGCUAUCUGGAGGAUACAACGCGCGCUCAUCAACUUAGCCAAAGCUCCAACUAUGUGAACAACUCAUGGCCACUGGCUACAGCUGAGCCAGAGCCCACUGCCAAUGUCUAUAGUGUGAAUCAUCAGCAUAUUACGUACAAUUAUCCCAUCUACCAUGCCACGCCCACUGCCGCAACUGCAGCGCCCAGCAAAUCUCCCAGCCUACCCUACACUUGCAUAGCCGAGCCCUAUCAACAGUCCAGCGCCAGCUACAGCAGCAACAGUUGCCAGCUUGCCAGCUAUGAGACCAACUCGCAGCUGGCCACACCCGAGCCAGAGUUCAUCAACUACUCGCAGAUAAAACAUUUGGGCUCAACGGAGUUAAGCUGUAAGAGCGAGUCGGUGGCACCUACGAUCAAGUAUAAUGCCACUGUGGAGGCGCAACCUGUGGCUGGUUAUGAGCAGGAUAACUAUGACUAUUAUUAUAAUCGCGACUCAAAGUCGGAUUACGAACAGUUUGGCAACAAUUUUGCUGCUGGACAUGCGCAUUACUAUGAAAGUGCAAAUAGCUACAACGGCGUCAGUUACUUUGAUACGACGUCGGGCAACGCCAACGCCAAUGAGCAAAGUAAUUAUAAUUAUAAUUAUAAUAAUUAUAAUUAUGGCUAUGCGGCAAGCGCUGGUGGCGCCUCCAUGUCUGCUGUGGCAAACACAGCAACUCCCACGCUUACCUAUCACCAUCACCAUCAUCAUCAUUUGCAUCACGCGCAGGCACAAUCAGCACAUGCUGCCCAUUGAUAAAUAGUACUUAAUUAUCAUAUUGCAUAUUGCACUUAGUUCUUAGCGUAGGUUUAUAAACAAAAUGAAAGUUUUGAAAUCUUU